UCGUGGGUAGAAAACUGGGCCAGCCACCGUCGCCUCUCGUUAGAUCGGAGCUCUGUGACGCGGGCGUCGUUCCCGCGUGUCCGUUGAAUGUUUCAGUGGCGCGGAAAUCGUUAACGAGGCGCACGCGCCGCGCGCCAAGACCGACCCGCCGUCGCCUCGCUCCCGCCAGUCCUUUUUCCCCCGCCGUGGUGCGCGUUGCGACGAUAAAAGAACGUCCGCCAUUGCGCCCGCUAGUUAGACGACCCGUGAUACCCGCGCCGACGACGAAAUGCCGUCGGAAAAGUCGGUAUACGAGCCUAGCGCGCACGCGUCCAAGGGCGCUUACGUCACAUCGUUACCCCAGUACCAACAAAUGUACCGGAGGUCCGUCGACGACCCGGAAGGCUUCUGGGGCGAGAUCGCGCGUCACUUCCACUGGGAAACGCCCGCGGACCCGGCCCGCUUCUUCCGAUACAACUUCGACGUCGCCAAAGGUCCGAUAUUCACCAAGUGGAUGGACGGCGCGACCACCAACGUGUCGUACAACCUCCUGGACCGGAACGUGAGGAACGGCCACGGCGACAAGGUCGCAUUCUAUUGGGAGGGCAACCACCCUGACGAUUACAGCCGGCUUACGUACCGGAAACUGCUGGAGGAGGUGUGCCGUCUGGCCAACGUGCUGAAAUCGCGAGGUGUGCAAAAGGGCGACAGGGUCGCCGUCUAUAUGCCGAUGAUCCUCGAGGCGGUCGUCACGCUGCUCGCGUGCGCCAGGAUCGGCGCCGUCCACUCGCUGGUGUUCGCAGGCUUCUCCGCCGACUCGUUCGCCGAACGCAUCGUCGAUUGCGGAGCUCGAGUGCUCGUCACGGCUGACGGCGCGUGGCGCGGCGACAAACUGAUCGCCCUGAAGUCGAUUUGCGACCAGGCGAUGUCCAAGUGCGCCGCCGACGGUCACAACGUCGAAACGUGCCUCGUCAUCGGCCACCUGGGGCGCGUCACAUCGCCGAAAGGAGCGUCGCAACGUCACAAAACACCGAUGACGGUCGGUCGCGACAUCUGGUGGCACGACGCGGUACCCCAGGCCUCGUCCAGCUGUUACCCCGAGUGGGUGCGGGCCGAGGAUCCCCUGUUUAUGCUCUACACCAGCGGAUCGACGGGCAAACCCAAGGGGGUGCUGCACACUACUGCCGGCUACCUCUUAUACGCCGCCACCACGUUCAAGUACGUGUUCGACUACCGCCCCGAUGACGUCUACUGGUGCACCGCCGACGUCGGCUGGAUCACCGGCCACACCUACGUGGUCUACGGACCGCUGGCGAACGCCGCCACCUCCGUCCUGUUCGAGGGCACGCCCUUCUACCCGGACCACGGCCGCUUCUGGUCGGUAGUGGAAAAAUACAGGGUGACGCAAUUCUAUACGGCGCCGACCGCGAUCAGGGCGCUGAUGAAGUUCGACGAACGGCUCGUCAAACGUCACGAUUUGACGUCACUGCGAGUGCUCGGCUCCGUAGGCGAGCCCAUCAACCCGGAGGCGUGGUUGUGGUACUACCGCGUGGUGGGCGGCGAGAGGUGCUCUAUCGUCGACACCUUCUGGCAGACCGAGACCGGGGGCCACGUGCUGACUCCCCUACCCGGCGCGACGCCCAUGAAGCCGGGCGCGGCGGGGUUCCCCUUCUUCGGCGUCGAGCCCGUGCUCCUCGACGAAGGCGGCAAAGAGAUCAUCGGGGAGGGCGAGGGGUACCUGGUGUUCCCGCGCCCGUGGCCCGGCCUAAUGAGGACUCUCUUCGGUAACCACGACCGUUACGAGCUGACGUACUUCACGAAAUUCCCCGGCUACUACUGCACCGGCGACGGCGCCAAACGCGACGCCGACGGCUUCCUGUGGGUGACGGGCCGCGUCGACGACAUGCUCAACGUGUCCGGCCACCUGAUGUCCACCGCGGAGGUGGAGUCCGUGUUGACGGAGCACCGGGGCGUCGCCGAGGCUGCCGUCGUCGCCAAGCCUCACCCGGUCAAGGGCGAGUGCCUCUACUGUUUUGUCACCGUCACCGAGGACGGCGUGUUCGACGAGCGCCUCCUCCGGGAGCUCAAGCAGCAUGUGCGAGAAAGAAUCGGGCCGUUUGCCCAACCGGACGUCAUCCAAAAUGCGCCCGCAUUGCCCAAGACCCGAUCCGGCAAGAUCAUGAGGCGGAUACUCAGGAAGGUGGCGGUCAACGACCGAGACGUCGGCGACGUCAGCACGCUGGCCGACGGCACCGUCGUCGAGCAGCUGUUCGCGAUGCGGCCCCCAGACGCGGCCGCGUAAACAACCGCGUGACGUCACAACGUUGCGAACGUAAUUUUGUACGCUCGAAAUCGCGCAUUUUCGCCUCCACGUCAACGCAUAUCAUUCCAUUGUUAUUGCCGGUAUUGUUUUUAUGUUAUUAUGUGUAUACAACCCUGUUGCAGCGCAAUAUGUAUAGUGUUAAUAAAGUCGGUGUUAAACGAA